AUGGUGGAUCUCUUCGAGGGAGGAGCAAAGGAGCCCACCUGUUUAAUGUCGCAUUGGUGGGGCCACUCCUUCAUGGCGUUGGUGGAGGCGAUCUUAGGCCAUGCCUCGGGGCAAAUUCUUCCCGCGGAGAACGUUCUGAGUGAGGAGGAGCUGGAGAAAUCCUACUGGCUUUGCAUCUUUGGUGUGAACCAGCACGUCUCCAUUUGUGGGACGCCUCAAAAUCCCUGCGACUGCGGGGCGGAGAAGUUCUUGAACGGACAUCCUCAGUGUGAGAUGGACAAGUUUGGCUUGAUGAUGCAGCACAUCAAGGAACAUGCUCUGGCGGUGGAUCGACAGUUGUUGACCUUGACACGGAUCUGGGUCUUGAAAGAGCUGCAGACCGCCUUGUCCAUGUCGAUUCCCACCGAGUUCCAGGGCUCCAUCUCCUUCACCGGGGCCUUCGAGCUGCCCAGCGUGCGGCACGCCGAGGCCUCGCGACUGGAGGACCGGAUCUUGCAGGAGAUCGAAUCCUCCGUGGGCAUCGAUGCCUUUGAUGCGUCCAUCCGACAGAAGGUGAAAGAGGAGAAGGCGGCGCGGCGUGUGUGGGGUGACAGGGAGAUGAAGCUGGCCUUCUACGAUGCCUUGGUACGAAGGCAAGUGGACCAGGUGUCGAAACAGUUGCAGCAAGAGCCCAGCCUUUGCAACAUCCAACUGCAUCAGUUCGGCUUGAAGAGCCCCUUGCACUUCCUGGCGGAGCGCACACGCUCGGCCACGGAAUGGGAGGACGCCAGCGGGCGAUCGGCGAUCCUGGAGGAGCUCUUCAGGGCCCGAGCGGACCCCACGUUGCGGGACGCGAGCGGGCGAACGCCGCUGCACAGCAUUUGCAUGUGGGAUGGCGAUGUGACUGGGCGGAAGACGUGGGCCGUGCGCCAUUUGCGGAAGACGUUAGUCAUUGGGAAAGGAAGAAUUGCAAACGCCAACAACUCAAGACUGUGA